AUGCCCUGGCAGCCUCUCCCCCGCAUCGCGUUCGCCGUUGCGACCUACCCGUUCCCGGCCUCCAGCCCGGCCGACCUCCCCCUCGAGAUUGGCGAUGAGCUCUACAUCAUCGAAGAGACCCCGGACGGCAACUGGCUGCGCGGCUACCUCGUAGCUCCUCCCAGUCUGCUGGCUGGCCUGACCUCGGUCAAAGGUCGGACCCUCGAGGCGCGCGUCUUCAGCGGCAUCUUCCCCCGGAGCUGCGUCGAGGUUCGUGAGAUGCUUGGCGAGUCAGAGAAUGGCGACGAAAUCGACGACCUAGCGAGCGAUGGUGCCCCCGGCGAUGUAGACGUGCCACGCGCGAGCGACUCCGCCAAGAGCGGCGUGACUAGUGUAGCAGAGCGCAAGAGACGAAAGGAUGCAGACCGUUCGACCACCUCGAGCAGGGCGAGAACGCCCUUCAGGGAGCUCCCCAACGGAACUCUGGGAAACCUAUCUGUGCCUAUCAGGAGAGACCCCGACGCGCCGCGACCUGCUGCACCCGUUCCCAUGCUGAAGAUUGGAGACGAAACCCCAACUUCGCUGUCCGAGCCCUUGAUCGACGAGAUCGCCUCGUGUCUAAGGGAAUGGCAUUCUACAAACUUGCACGAGCUCCUCCUCUCUAGACAGUAUGGACGAUUAGACCAGCUCUCCCAGCUCAUCACCACACUCAAUCUGCACCGCCAACAAUUCCUCUACAAUGUCCUUACUUCACACGAAUACGACCGCCUACGCGAAAAGACUGUCUGGGAUCUUGUGAGGGUGAAUAAACUAUGUGGAGGAGAGGUCAUUGUGCGCGAUCCAGAAGCUCGUGGCAGGGUCUUGACAGCCGACGACUGCAUUGUCAAGGUGACCAAGCUACAGUCCGUCAUGAGCCUUUUGGAUGAGCCUCCACAAUCGACAGUCGAAUUGUCCGCUCUUCACCAUCUCUUGAUAGAUAUCAAGGGCUUCGCGGGAGCUUCGACCGAAGAGACGUCUCUUGUCUUCUACCUCGUCAGCAAGCCUCAAUACGGCGAUCCCUUUAGCUUGUCCGAAGGCUUCUGUGUCACGAUCCCCUCAGGCGGCACCAUUGGCAGCUUGGCCAAGAACGCCCAAACCAAGACCCUCUUUACCGAUCUCUCCUCCCAGGACGUUGGCGAUUUACCCUCGGCAGAAUCAGAGCUGUUCCUCGUCGUCAAGGUAUUAGCCUCGCAGCAGAUUCUACCGGCCAAGCCGCCCUCUCGAUCGGGAACCGCCCCUUCAGCCUCCUACUCCAGGGAUCCGAUGAAGCCAAAUUCUUCCAGCGGGAUGAAGUCUUCUAGAAGAAGUCUCAUGUGGGGUGGCAAGAACUCAAGAUCUGGCUUCUCAAGGGGCUCCCCUGCGACACGCAUGGACUCGGUUGCUGAGCAGGAGGGACGGCCUUCAACAACAGGCGACAGUCGGGAUGGCCCACCAAGUACUUCUGGUUCCAAGACUGGUGCUUGCCCAGAAGGUGCACAAAUGGCAGACCGUGCUAUUGGCGUGGGUGUUCUACGGCUGAAUGCGAUCAUGAAGCAGGAUGAGGAGGUUGAACAUCUGGUGAAUAUUUGGUCGGCAUCAGCCAGACAUGCAGGCGAAAAGGACGCCGAUGACUGGGAGCCACUAGUAAAGGAGCUGUUGGAUAGCUCAUCGGGACACUACGAAAAGUCACGAAGGGGAGAGCGAUUACAGCUUCAACUAAAGAGCUUCAACCAUCCCGACGCAGAUAUUCUCAUCAAGGCGACACCGACCAUGCUCUCAGGCGUGGUUAAGACGAGCAAGAUGGGCUUCUCCGGCGCCCCGACGAGGCCACGUUCGGAUAUCUAUUUGACCUUGGACGACGCCGCCUUGGGGAAGCAGAACCUAUUAUCGCGUUAUGGCGGUAGUGCGACAACUAUGCCUGGUAGUCUUCACGCAAGCAACCUGCAAAUAACCCUUGAAGUCAGGAAACCUUCGGGCGAACGAAUCGAAAACUGCAUCUUUGCCUCAUCCAACACAGAUGGCUUGAGCACCUUCAAGUCGAUAGCAACAGAACGAGGGGAGCCCUGGAAGCAGACACUCCGGCUUUCUCUGUUACCGAACGACGUCUCGCAGGCCCACGUCGUCAUGUACAUAUCCGACAUGCCCAACCCGCCAUUUGCCGUUGCUCACAUACCACUAUGGGAUCACGGCGCGUUCAUCCGGGACGGUCUACACGGUCUCUUGCUCUAUAAGAUAGACGAGUACACUUCAACUGCAGUUCCUGGGCCUAGCGGAAAGGGCGGCUACCUCUCGCUUCAAUGGAGCCCCCAGGGCAAGGAUGAGCAUUCAACCGACCUGAGUGGACCUUUGGCUGUCCUCCGAGUCAACACAUAUCUUUGCAGCACGCGCUUCUCACAGGAUAGAGUGAUAUUGGGCCUCUUGAAGUGGAGAGACCUACCUAGAGAAGAGGUUCCCGGAGUGCUUAGACAACUAAUCUUUGUGCCAGAGAUCGAAGUGGUGAAGCUACUGAACGAUGUGUUGGAUGGACUGUUUGGGAUUCUGGUCGAGUAUUCUGGUAGCCACGAGUUCGAGGACCUCGUCUUCACUGCGCUGGUCAGGGUGCUGGGCAUCGUCCAUGAUCGAAGAUUCAACCUGGGCCCCUUGGUGGAUCACUACGCCGAGAACCAGUUCAACUACCCCUUCGCGACCCCGUGUCUGAUGCGAUCCUUCACCCGGCUCCUUCAGAACCCAACCGAACCCGAGACAGCCCGGAAGCUACGCGCUACCUUUAAAGUUGUUAGGCACAUCCUCAAGUUCAUCACGCAGGCCAGAGGUCAACAGAAGGCAAAGGAGGCUGGGGUAGGCAUCACAUCGACCACAACCGGAUUUACUCGUGACCUUCGGGCCAUAUUCAAGGCCCUCGAUGCCAUGAUGCGCAACUCUGCGCCCGCCCUCGUUGGUAGCCAGACUCUGGCCGUGCAGCACUUCCAUACAUGGCUGCCCGAACUCGCCGGCCUGCUGACGACGGAGGAGACUCUCCACAUUGCCAUUGACUUUAUGGACUCUUGCACCGAUGUCAAGGGCAAGCUCAUCCUGUACAAGCUUGUGCUCAUCAUCAACUACGCCAAACUGGACUUGUUCGCCCACCCCGAGCAGAAAUCGGCCCUGAGCACCAAUACGGUGCGAUGGAUCACUCCUCACUGGGGCCACACCGAGCAAGUCACGGAUCAAUGGAGAGACCAGAUUCGCUUGUGCUGCUCAGUAUUGGCGAGCCAGAUCGAUUAUCUCGGAUCUGAGAUCCCUGAUCAUAUCUCCAAAAUUAUUGACUCCUAUCUGGCGAUUUUGGCUUCCCCUCACAAGCCAAGUGAUCGCCUCUCUCUCCUAUUCCCAUCCUCAUACCCGUUCCCCACCAAGCCUGUCGCCGAUGAUCUCCAGUUUGACGAAGCUCUGGUUGAGCUCUCUGCAGUCCUGUCUGCCGUGUCAAACUCGCCCUCGGGGAUGCAACUCGAGCUUGCCGAGGAUGACCUGACUACUAUUCUAGAGAACCUCCUCCGGGUGCACAUGAGCAUCCUGAAGGGAGAGGCUUACCCUUCAGAAUGGCUGAGCGUGCACAUCCACCAUCACAAGUCAACCAUGCGAACUCUUCAAUAUCUCGCCAGCACCAUGUUGGACUCCUUCCUCCCCGACCCCGACGACGCCGAGAGCUUCAACACCGAGCUGUGGAAGCUCUUCUUCACGACACUCCUCAAGCUAGUGGGCAGCACAUCUCUUGCCCUGGAGACAUUCCCUGAGCAGAAGCGCAGAGCAGUAUGGAAGAUUGCGGGCGAUGUUCGAGAGCACGGCGCUGAGCUUCUGCGGCGAACUUGGGAGGCGAUUGGAUGGGAGACGACCCCUGACGAGCGGAAUCGAUACAACUUGUCCAAGAUGGGAGGAUACCAGGUUCAAUAUGUCCCGACCCUUGUUGGUCCGAUUGUUGAGCUCUGCCUCAGUGUUCACGAGGGUCUUAGACGAAUGGCUGUCGAGGUUCUUCAGACCAUGAUUGUCAGCGAAUGGACCUUGAGUGAGGACCUAUCAGUGAUCCAGACCGAGACGAUCGACCGAUUGGAUCUCUUCUUCAAGGAGAAGCCACUGACUGAGAGCAUCCUCCAGAAGCUGUUCAUCGGGGAGCUUCUGGAACGAUUUGAGGUUCUUUCAGAGGUACCCGACGAGCCAUUGUACACUGCCCUACGCGAGUUUGUGGGAACUAUCGACGAGUUCUUGGACCUCCUGGUUGCGGUCCACAGCAGCGACGACACCGGAGAAGCAUCCCACCUCAUCAACCGCCUGCGUCUUAUGGAGUUCCUACGCGACAUGCAGAAGGAGGAGAUCUUUGUCCGCUACGUCCACCAGCUUGCAGACUUGCAGGCCGAGUCGAGGAAUCACACCGAGGCUGGCUUGGCUCUACGCCUCCACGCUGACCUGUACGAAUGGGAUCCGACAAGUCAAACACCCGCCCUGCCCGACCCAGAGUUCCCUGCGCAGACACAGUUUGAGCGCAAGGAGAGGAUCUACUUUGACAUGAUUAAGCACUUUGAGGAAGGCGAGUCGUGGAGCCACGCCCUGGCAGCGUACAAGGAGUUGCAGGCACAGUACGAGACCAACAUCUUUGACUUUGCCAAGCUCGCUAGGACCGAGCGGGCGAUUGCGACGAUAUACGAGACCAUCUCCAAGAGCGACAAGCUUAUCCCCAAGUACUUCAAGGUUGUCUACAAGGGCCUCGGGUUCGCGGCCAACCUGCGUGACAAGGAGUAUAUCUACGAGGGCUCGCCUAGUGAGCGUGCCUCGGCAUUUACGGACCGCAUGCAGGAGCAGUAUCCCGCGGCUCAGAUCGUCACUGGAGGCGAUGUGGACGAUGUUGAGGGACAGUUCUUGGUUAUAUCAGCUGUUACACCUCAUCGCGACCUAACCCAUCAAGUCUUCCAGCGGGCUCGAGUGCCCCAGGUGAUCAGAGACUUCCUUAUCUCGUCGCACCCUCAGACCUUUUCCAUCUCAACACGACGCAGCACAACUGGCCCUGUCAAGGAGCAUUCUGCCGAGAAGCUGGUGUACACGACUGCCGAUGCCUUCCCCACCAUCCUUCGACGCAGUGAGGUUGUUGACGUUCAAGAGAUCACACUUGAUGCGCAUGACACGGGUCUGGAGCGCAUUGUUCGCAAGACACAGGAGAUGACGGCCCUCGAACGUCGGGUUGCCGAUGGUGACAAUGAACACGCACAGCUUCUCCUGGACGCUGUCAGUAUCUCAGUAAACCCCAAUUCUGAAAACAGCGUCGCCUGCUACCGCCAACUACUUCCACAACCCAAGGAAGUAGACGAAGACGCGGAGGACGACGAUGAGGAAGAAGAGGAGGAAGAGGCCGAGGUGGAGUUGUCUCUCCAGGACAGUGCAAUCAAGAUGGCACUUGUUGACCAUGCCAUCAUGAUCAAGAGGUGUCUGGCAAUGUUCUCUCGAAGUUCCAACGAGCUCCUCAACCGACGGCAUGAUGAGCUGCAGAUGUACUUUGAGAGCACCUUUGCACCGGAAAUUGCGCACUUCACGCCUCCUCAGCCGCAGCGUGAGCAAGUCACAACUCCCUCCCCGACCUGGAGACGAUCAUCACCAUCAUCCGAGGGAAGCCCUAGGAACAUGAACAUUGCCGCUGUCACGACGGAGGAGGCAUCGGUGAUCCGGCCGGUCUCGAAGCGUGGAACGCGUCUGAGCUUCUUGGGUGGUAAGAAGAAGGAGCCGGAACUACCUGCCGAACCCGAGGAGACGGCCGGAGACAUUGAGACGGCUAGCAGCCACAGCCGGUCUCUGAGCCAUACACAAAGCAGAGACCACCGACACAGCUUCUUCCGGACACAGUCUCGCGAGGACAAGCACCCCAUGUCUCCAGGCGGCUUCAGCAGCCGGGGAAGCUUUGAGCAGAUCGGGUUCGGCGACGACAAGGCCGUCGAGACCAAGAUUGGGAGCAGCGGCGGCGGAGGCGGCGGGAGUCUCGGCAAGAAGAACAGCGUCCGCAAGAGGUUCAGCAUGCUCAAGAUCGGACGCAAGAGCAGCAAGGGCAAUGGCAUGAUGGGAAGCCUGGACGAGGAGUAG